UCUAGGGGGAGGAAGUGAACGGCCACUAACAGCUGAUGUGUUUCCAUCCUGGACGCGCUUGGCUGCAACUUUCUGUGGACUUUCUGCCUGGUUGCAAAGACCGCUUAGGGGGGGAAAACUAAAGUGACACAGUGCUUUGGUUUGUCCAUGAUUUUUUUUUUUAUAACGAGAACGUCACGUCAGAUGGUCAGAGAGUGACCAAGGAGGAAGCGUAAGGAUGGACCCUGAAAGUCCCGUGUCCCGCAUGGAGAGAACUUUGUGGACAGUCUGGUACUACAUAACUGGAGCUGUAAACAGAUUCAUCAGGCCACAGCCCGCUGACACUGUCAACAAUGACCCAAACACAAAUCAGGAAUCUGCAGCUGAAAUCAAGCACCCUCCCUCUGACUCAACAGAGGGUGACAGUAGCAGAGAAGGUGUCGAGGAGGAGCAGCUUGUCGCAACAUCCUCUCUGCUGAGCUCGUCUCGCCCCGUUGUCGAAUGGGAACUUUGCACCACAGAAAUCGACUUAGGGGUUGAUGAAGAAAACAUGCAGUACAAAACCCAGCUGAGAAAAGUCGACGAGAGCAAAGAGGAUGGUGAGGGCAAGAGAGAGGAACAGCGUGACAAGACAGGAAAUGAUCAUUCAAAUGAUUCAAGAGCAAAAGAAGAUGAACGACACACGAUGGAGAUCGAAAAAAUGCCCACUUGUGCAGGACUUGCAGGGCCCGGAAAUGAUGAACAUGAACAUGCCGCUUCUGGACCACAAAAUUUGUCCGAGGUUGCAACACGCCAAGAAACAACUGAGGAGGAAACUGAUGCUGAGAAUGCAACAGUGAGAUUAGGGUUGCCCGGUGAUCAUCCAACAAAGGAGGAAAAAAUAAAAGAAACCCAAGUAAAAGGAGAAAAGGAUCAAACCCAUGAUAAAGAGAAGGAAGACCUUGAAGCAGAAGACACUUUGAGAAAAGAAGAAAAUGAUGAUAAACUGCGCAGUGAAGAUGAGCGAGAGUUAAAAGCAGAAAAAACUGAGGUAAAAGCAUGCAUAGCUGCAGGUAUAAGUCCAGAUGAUAUGGAUCACAUGCAGAAAGGAAAGGGAGAGGUAAAGGAGCAUGAUGCAGUGUUAUUGGAUGGUCAUUCAGGAAGGGAGGAACUUGUUAAAGAAACCCGGCUGAAGGAAGAAAAUGCUAAAGCAGAUCAUGAAAAGGAAGAAGAUUCAGAAGCAGAAGCCACUGAAGUAAGAGAGGAAUAUAACAACAUGCACUGUGAUGAUGACAAUUUGGUAGCAGAAAACAACGCGUUCAAAGUAUGCAUGACAAAAAGUCCAAAAGAGGAGGAUUACGUGCACGAAGGAGAAGGAGAAGUACAAAAGAUUGAUACGGUGACACCAGAUCAUCAUCCAAGAGAGGACCAAAUUAUCAAAGACACCCAAAUAAAUGAAGAAGAUGAUACACUUCAUCAUGAAGAAGAGCAAGAUUUAGAAGCAGACCCAGAGAUAAACGUGUAUCGAAGUAUCAAAGAUAUAAGUCCAGAAGAUCAGGCUCAUACGUACGAAGGAGAGGCAGAGGUACAGAAGAAUGAUGCAGUGACACUGGAUGAUCAUCUAAAAGAGGAUAAAAUUACUGAAGAAACUCAAUUAGAAGAAGAAGAUGAUAAAAUCCAGCAUGAAGAUGAACAAGAUUUGGAAGCAGAAGACACUGAAGUACCAGAAGAAGAUGAAAAAACAGACUAUGAAGAUGAACAGCAGUUAGGAGCAGAGGGCACUGAGGUCCAACUGUGCAUAACUACAGAUAUAAGUCCAGUACUGGAUGAUCACAAGCAGGAAACAGAGGCUGAGUUACAGAAAACUGAUACAGCGACACUGGAUGAACAUCCAAGAGAGGAUGAAAGCAAAGAAACUCAAUUAGAGGAAGAUCAUCCAAUAGAAGAUGAAAUGUUCAAAGAAGACAACUUAAAGGAAGAAGAUGAAAAAACAGAUCAUUCAGAUUUGGAAGCAGAAGACACUGAGAUAAAAGUGUGCAUUAGCACAAGUUUAAGCCUAAAUGAUUAUGAUAAUGAUCACCUGCAGGAAACAGAGUCUGAAGUACAAAAGAAUGAUACAGCGACACUGGAUGAACAUCCAAGAGAGGAUGAAAGCAAAGAAACUCAAUUAGAGGAAGAAGAUGAUAAACUGCAGCAUGAAGAUGAACAAGAUUUAGAGCCAGAAAGUGUUGAGGAAGCAGAGGACAAUGAUAAAACCGACACUGAGGUGAAAGUGUGCAUAGGUACAGAUGUAAGUCCAGAAGAGGAGGCAGAGGUACAGAAAAAUGAUGUAAUGACACUGGAAGAUCAUCCAAUGACAGAUAACAUUAAAGAAACUGAGUUAAAGGAAGAAGAUGAUAAAAUGCAGCAUGAAGAUGAUCAAGGUUUAGAAUCAGAAGCCUGUGAUAUUAUGCUACAACUGGACUCUCAAAAUGUAAUCAAGUCAGAGGAGAAAACAAGUCAAGCUGAAAAUCAGCUCUCAGCUUUUGGAGACCAGCCAGACACAUCAGUGGUUAUGCUCACUGUUAUCACAAAAUCUUAUGCAAUGACUCAUAGCAGUGAAAAUGAUGAAGGUGAGAAAGAGAAGUGGGUUGAGACAGAGCGGCAUGCCGUCAACGAGACAACAGAAGUGCCAAAUCUGGACGAGAACAUCGGAACAGAAGCAGAAGACACUGAAGGAGAAAAUCUUUUAACUGAAUAUGAUUUAUCCGGUAAAGAAGCUGCACUGAAGACUGCUUCACAGCUGCACACAGCUGGAUUCACAGAUGAAUACGAGAAGGAUAUGAGAGUCCCAGGAGUGCAGACCAAAACUAGGCAGGCCGGUGGGACAGUAACAGAUAUUUCAGAAGAGAGACUCAUUGAUCAAGACCAAGAAAAAGAGGAGAGCGUCUCCAGUGAAUCCUACACCGGAGAAUUUUACAACGAAAUUAUAGAUUCAAGCACCUCAGUUACAGUAAAGCCCAAAGGCGAAACGACGCAGGAAACAGACGAAGAAUUUAAAAACACUCUCCCGGGGAUCAGUGAAGGCCAGUGUGCCGUGCUGCAGGAACUAAAUACUCCAACGUGUGAGGAAAUUCAAGAGGGAGUUUCCAAAUAUAACAAUGAGCUUCGGAGGGCCGAUGAAAAUACAACACAAAGGUUCCUGGAAGCAGGAGAUUGUGAGGAAAUCCUCGCAACUCAAUUACCAGAAGAGGUGGAGAGCGGAGAUCAGGAGAGCCUUGAAAACAGUGACUGCAGGACUGGAGCUGACCAUUUACUGCUGAAGGAGUCCAUGGAAGACAAACAAGAAAGCAAAGAAGAGACUGAGACGAGCUUUGGUUUGUUUGUGGAGGAGCACGAAGGAACACCGGACCUUGAACUAGAGGCAGAGAGCAAGCUUGUUGAAGGAGUAAUUCAAGAAUCGGGACUUGACAAAGAAGAAGGAAAAUUACUGACAAGUUCAAUGAAGACAGAGGUGACUGGAACACAUGUUGGUUUAGUGGACGAGACUGAAAGGAGAUCAGAAGGGCUGCAUGAUGGUGGCAGAGGAUCUACAGGAGGUGAAACAAGAGAAGCGGUUGCAGCAGCAGAAGUGGUUGGAUUCGUCAUUCAGGAGUCAGUAGCAGCCAUAAAGUUGGAUCAAAGCAUCAGCAGACCGUUAAGUUUACAAGAAGACACGAGUGAACAUGGGUUUGUGAGACCCUUAGCUGAAACUGAGCCUAUAUCCGUUGAUGAUACCUCUGUUGAAAUGCAAGAUAAAGCCAUUGAAAAAGAAGGAAGGGGUUGUGAAGAUGAAGAGGAGGAAGCAGAAAAUGGAAUCCAGACCUUAAAUGAAAUGGAUUUACAGAUAACUAAAGAAACUGCAGGUGAGCUAAUCACAGAAAGAGGAGACAAAGAGAUUCCUCUGAAUGCAGAAUUGGAAAUAUCUCAACACUCUGAGACUCAGGAGAUAAACAAUCAGUCGCCACACAGAGCACUUGAGAUAAGUGAGACACAAAUAAUAGUAGCUGAAACAGCUGACGAGCCCAGACCAGUGGAUUUGCCAGUGACAUCAUCAGAGGAAAAAGGCGGUUCAGUCAGUGGACAUCAAGACGUAAUUGAUGAAGAAAUCCUUGACUUGUGGAUUGAGGCGGUGAUGUCAGAGGACACUGAUGAGAUUAGACAAGAAGAGCCCAAGCCAGGGCAGCUAUUGGACGCCAAAACAGACACUUUAAAUGAGGGUGAAAUAUCAACAGAGAAUGAGAAAGUGUCACUAGCAGAGGCCAUUUGUAGGGAAUCUGAGGCAGUAAGUGACACAGAAAUGUCUUCAUCAACUGUGGAGUCUGGAUUUUUGGACCAGAUUCUCAGUGAAUCGUGUAUUCAGAGUAGUGAGACUCAGCUGCUGAAAUCAACGAGCACUGACUCACUCCAGGGGAUCCAUGAGCUGGUGGCUAGCGUGUCCACAGACAUCUUUGGAGUUAUCGCACAGCCUCAAACUCAGGACUUACUGACAGAGGAAUCAGCCGAGACAGAGAAAGAAUCGGUCGCUGAUAUAGAAGCUCAAUCACAUCUGAAACAGGAAUCUCAAGAAAAAGCAGAAGAAAGAGCUGAAACAUUAGAGACUGAAAGUGGAUCACAGAAAGCAUAUGAGGAUGUUGAAGAAGCAGAUGUAACAACAAUGACAACACAGAGCUCUCCUUCGCAUGACAAGAAGGUAGAAGCUGAGGAGGAGCAUCUUGAGGUAACCGCGUCUGAUUCUUCAGAUGAACUCAAACCCGCUGAGUCUGAAGAAUCUGAAAGUGACUCACAAAGUGAACCUGAGAAGGACACACUGAAUAGACCACAGCCUGCACAUUCAUCCUUAUUUCCUGUGCUAAACGAGGCCCAGGUAGCCGAAGAGCCAACAAUCGAAUAUGAGAAUAAGGUGGAUGGUCCCGUGCUGGACUUUGCUGUGCAAAGGUCACGAAUUGCUGUUAAGAACCCUCGUGUAAGGCCACCUAAAAAUCCCCGCUCCCUGCUCCAUAUGCCCUCGGAGGAACCCACACCCACACCUACACCAUCUUCACGUUUGCCGGUCAAACUCCCUGGAGGUGUGCCUUUAGGAGGCAUAGGAAUUGGAAUAAAACUCCCUGGGCUCGGUGCUGGAUUUCCUGUUUUAAAAAAGACACAGCGGGCAGUGAGAGACGAAAAUACCCAGGAAACAGUGUCACAGGAACCUGAAACAAAGCCAGAGGAGAAGAACGACGCUCCCCCACAGGAGGAGGAGGAGGCACCGAAGAAGCCUAAAUGGAUGCCACCAAAACAUCCCGGAGGAUUUGGAAAUCCCCUGAUGGCAGAGCUAAAGACCAAACUGAAGAAAACACCAAAGGAGUGAGAAGCUCAAUGGCUGUGUGCAAAUACCUGAAUGUAAUAAACAUAUGGUUUUAAUUUUGUGUACUGAGAAAUUGUUCUUUAUGUCCCCUACUUGUUCAAUGUAAUUUGUAAAAUAAAGAUAAACUUUCUUGCAUGAAAA